CAGGUAUAAUAUCAAUAAAACAAACUGAAUUGAAUUAUUAGUAGAUAAAUUUUUUAUAUUUAUGUGUGGUAAAUCAAGUUCUUGCAUUUAUUGAAUAUGUCAAAUAGAUUUUGUUUAUUCGCAUUUGUCAAUUGAAUUAUGUCUGCUCGAAAUUACUUGUCUGCAAGAGAGAAAAGUAACAUUAGAGGAGAUUGUUUACCGUAUAUUAACCAUCCGAAAUUUUCUCGUCGUUCGGAGCUGCCUGUACUCUCUGCAAAUGAAUACAAUUUAGUAAAUAGAAAUUUAGUUUAUUCAUACAACGAACAGUUUGCUGGAGAUAGCUUAGAGCGGUCAGGCACCCCCUUUUCAGAUUUCUUUUCUGAGAGCGAAACUGGAACACCAGACUUUCAAAGCGAAGAGAGUGACAGUAGUGCAGGGUCAGUGUUGAAGAGAAAUACCGCUGAAGCGACGAAAACUUUAGCUGACGAGUGGGACCGCAUUGAAAGGACGCUAUACGAUGAGGAAGGCGAGAAGUGCACCCGUCCACAGAUUAUUGAGGAGUGUAAACAAUGGCAACAGUUGCAUCCACAAUUUAGGGUCAUUGGUAAAGGUAUAUCAAAACCAGACAGAAGACUGCAUUAUAGACAAAUUGAGCAUGAAGAGAUCAUUGCAAUGCAUUAUAGUGACUAUGAACAGUUCAGCGAGAGUGAAGAACGCCAAUCACAGAGCAGCACAGACGUCACACCAACAAAUUCACCUAGAAUCUCUGUUGAAGACAUACACAACACAAAACUUUCAAGGGAGAAAAUAUCUUACAGCAUAUAUGGAGCGGAUAUUGAAGUAUCAGACACUUUUAGCUCUCUCCUGCACAUCACUCCCAUCCAAAUCCGAAGUCCUUCACAUAAGAAGAAACAGGGUCAGUCUAUUCUCAGAUCAGACAUAGCUUCAUCCAAAUGGAUGAGGACUUAUCGGCCAGAUUCAUCUAUAAAUUUCGGAAGGAACAGUGCAAAGUCUUAUAUUUCAUUGGAUACAAAGAAUUUGUGUAAUGUUAAUUCAAUGGAACAUAAGAAAAAUAAUAGUAGAGUCUUUACAGCAAGGUUAAGGGACAUGUCUCACUUACAACCUUUGAAUUCUCCCGAUCUCCAACAUGGAAUAACUAAACUUCAAAAUGGAAUGCAGCCACAGUAUAAUAUCAGAAAAGUUUCACUACCUCCCUUGUUAUUAGAAGAAGAGAAGAAAAAGGUUUAUUUUGGAUCUGCUAAGAAACAAAGUAAAUAUCGAAAGAACAAUAAAAUGCAUCAUCUUGAUAAAUAUAAGCACUCAUAAUUUGUGAGUCUGAUAUAUAAAGGAAUUGAUGUUGUAUUGUUAAAUUUGUAUAUAGUAGUUUACAUUUUUUGUUAAACUUUACAAUGGACAGAAAUUAUGAUCACCUAACAUGAUCUAUAUUUACUAUUUUUAAAAUUUGCAAUUUGAUUUAAUAUCCACACUAUGAGAUAAACUUUAUU